ACUUUAGUUGUCAAACGAAAAGAAUGUGGAGUAGUUGCAAAAAUUAUUAUAAAACUGUUUAUUCAUUAAGUGUUAUAAUCUAAAAUAUACUGUUACACUAUUUAAUAAGCACAAUAUACUCAUACAAUAUUAAUAUUACGUAAAAAUGUCUGAGCGAUUGAAAGUUACAAACAACAUUUCAAAUGAAGAAGUUAUUGAUGAUUUAACAAAAGAUCUAGAGUUUUCUUUACGUUCUGACGACGAUGCUGGUGUUAAUGCUAGUUAUGAAGCGAGUUCUGCUGCUUCGGGAGACUCUGCGAAGGCCAGUCCCUCAGCUGACAUUCCAUUUAAAGACCACGAUUUAGAUGAUAAGUAUGAGGAGAGCGAUAAAGAUGAGGACGACACCGAUUCUAUUGAUGAACUGUCAUUAAAAGACGCAGAGGUUGGUCUAUCUGACGAUGAGAAGGCUGAACGGCAGUCGGUAGCUUCUAAACUUAAGGAUGAGGGAAACGAGGCUUUCAAAAAUGGUGAUUUUGAGAAGAGCAUCAAGAUAUACACUGAAGCAUUAAGAAUCUGUCCACUGCUAUAUUCUCAACAGCGAGCAAUUCUCUACUGCAACCGAAGUGCCUCCAGGUUGAAGCUUGAACAGUACAAAAAGGCGAUAACGGACAGCACUAAAGCUAUAGAGUUAGACGACAAAUACGUUAAAGCUUAUUACAGGAGAGCGCAAGCCUACGAAGCGACGGAGAAACUAGAUGAAAGUCUGGAAGACUGCAAGAAAAUUUUGGAAAUAGACCCAACGCACAAAGAAGCGCAAAGCGCUAUCGUUCGUUUACCGCCAUUGAUCGAAGAGAGGAAUGAAAAACUAAAAACUGAAAUGUUGGGAAAACUCAAAGAUCUCGGUAACAUGAUUCUGAAGCCCUUUGGUCUGUCAACGAAUAAUUUCCAACUCGAUCAAGAUCCAGAGACAAAGGGCUACAAGAUUAACUUCAAGCAAUAGGCAAAUAUUUAUUUAUAUAUUUUUUUAACUCUAAAUAUUAAGUUAUCGCUUGUGAUAUUGUUGUAAUAUAAUAUUUAGCUUGACAAA